AAAAAAAAUAUAUAUUUUUUAUUUAUUUUUUAACAAUUCAAAUGAUGAGCCCUUUUUCAUCUUCAUCUUCUUCUUCAAGCGCCUCCAAUUCUUCCACGCAUGAGUUUUCUGCAAUUUUCUGUUCACCUGGGCAUGGCCGAUGGAGAAGCUUGGACCUCUUAGGGCACUGCAAACACCUUCUUCCCGAUCAACCUCACCAAGGGUUUUUUUUUUCAAUAGUGAAAAAACUUGAACUAUGCCACCAGAAUGUGAGAAAUGGGGAUGGAAGCAUGUGAGUGUGUUUGGUGGGUUUGACAAGGGAAGUGGUACUAAAAGAUGGAAAUGCAAUCAUUGUAAUCUAAGAUACAAUGGUUCUUAUUCAAGAGUUAGAGCCCAUUUGCUUGGAUUUACAGGUGUUGGUGUCAAAAGUUGUCCUGCAAUAGAUAGGUCUUUAAGAGAGGCAUUUCAAAUUUUAGAGGAAGAGCGAAUUGCCCGUAAGAAGAAGCGAGUUUCUGGGGGCGAUAAGCUCGGUGGGAAGCAGCGGAUUAGGGCAUCUCGUCGGCCUAGUAGUAGUAGUAGCAGUACUUGUGUUGGGAAAGAAGAUGUUGAUGAUAUUGUUGCAAGAUUCAUUUAUGCCAAUGGCUUAAAUGUGAAUGUUGUUAGUUCUCCUUACUUUAGGGAAAUGGCGAAAGCUAUUGGAGCUAGUGGCCCCGGUUAUGAACCUCCGCCGAUAGAUGAGUUAUCUGAUUCAUUUCUAAGUAAAGAGAAGGGGAGAAUUGAAAAAUAUGUUGAACUAAUUAGGGAGUCUUGGCCUCACACUGGAUGCACCAUUUUGUGUCUCGGUCGGUAUGAAAGUAUGCUUGGUUGUUUUUAUGUUAAUAUAUUUGUGUCUUGUCCAAGGGGACUUGUGUUCAUGAAAGCAGUAGAUAUAGAUGAUGAUACUAUUGGGGCAGGGGAAGAUAAUAAUCAUUUUGUGAGUGUUCUUGGUGAUGUGAUUAUGGAAAUUGGUGCUGCAAAUGUGCUUCAGAUAAUCUCACAUUUAGAAAAUUCUAAUCAGUUAUAUGGCUCUCUUUUAUUGACAAAGUUUCCACAAGUGUUUAUAUCUCCAUGCACAUCUCAGUCUAUUCAUAUGUUGUUUGAAGAAAUAGCUGAAUUGGAUUGGAUAAAAUCAGUUGUCUUAUGUGCCAAGGAAAUAGAGCAAUGCAUGCUUACAUUCCAGCAUUUUUCUCCAUCUAUGUUUACUCAAAACCUAAAAGGGUGUCAAGACCUGCUUGCUGUGAAGUUCACACCUUUCUUUUGUGUAAUCCAAAGAAUUUUUGAGCUGAAGCAACCACUUCAAGAGGUAGUUGUAACUGAGGAGUGGAAACAGUGGAAAGUAAAUACAUCAGAGGAAAUUGUAAAUAUUGAAGCUGCGGUUUUAGGGGAUAAUUUCUGGAACAGUGCUCAUUUUUUGUUGCAGUUGUUUGAGCCAUUCGUCAGAUUACUUGGCACAAUUGAUAUCGGUACUCUCAUCUUGGGUGAUAUUUGUAAUUGGCGGGUUCAAUCGCUUGAAGCUGUUAGGAGUAAGGGACUCGGUGGUGUCAUGUUGAAUCAAUUGGAAGAACUUAUAGAGAAUAGAUGGGAUGCAUUGUUUUCACCCCUUCAUGCAGCUGGUUACAUAUUGAAUCCUAGAUAUUUCGGAAAAAGUCAAGCUAAGGAUAAAAUUGUGAUGCGGGGUUGGAAAGCUACCGUGGAAAGAUACGAGAGUGAUAGUGCAAACAGACGAAUUCUCAGAGAGCAACUCAGCUCUUACUGGCGAUUAGAAGGCUCUUUAAGAGACGAAGAUGCUGUCGAUUGUAGAGAUAAGAUGGACCCGGUUGUAUGGUGGGAAAAUUUCGGUUUUGAAACACCCCACUUGCAAACACUAGCAACAAAAGUUUUAAGUCAAGUUUCAAGUGUUACAAUGUGUCAAGAGAUCUUCCAAGAGAAUGGUUUACCACAUCGAGAGACUGCCAAUAGAUUUGGGGUAGAGAGAGUUGAAGAUCUUGUUUUUGUCCAAAACAACCUUAGAAUUAAUAACCGACGAAAUUGGGUGCCGUGCUCCCAUCCCGGUCCUAGAAGUUCGAAUUCAUACUCUCUUAAGACAUUAGAUGUUACUGCUCUUGUUGAUCAACCGACGGUAACAGUAAGUGUUCAUGGAAAAUUCUGCUGAGUUUGAAGCAAAAACGUUUAUGGAACCUUACUGGUGUUGAAAUUGGUGAGUGUGGAUGUUAUUUUCACAAUGUUACUGAGUACUCAGAUCUUUCAUUUGAGUUUGAGACUUUUGCAACUAUUGUCUUUGACUAAGAUGACACUUAAUAUUUGCAAUUUUCUUUGGUCGUAGCAUUUUUGGUAGUUACAAACUGCAAGUGUAAAUAUGUACAUACAUUUAGUAUCAUUGUAUAUGGAAAAGAAAGAAAUUUAAGUGUGCUUAAUUGUUUU